AUGCCUUCGUCAACUCCGUCGACCCCUUCAGCCUUCCCUUGGUUCUACACUGCCUUCUUCCUCUACAUUGAGCCCGUCGCCACCGCUGUCGGCGCCUACUAUGCCUUUCUCGAGCAGCACCAGUACAUGGAGUUGACGGUGCCAUCUGUCACUGGCCUUGCCGGUGUCUCGACUCGCGAAAACGUUGUCCUCAAUCAACUAGCGAAUCUGUACUUUGUCUUUGCUCUAAACGAAGCCUUCGUCUUGCGAGUAACCAACGACCACCGAGUCUGGAGCGUCUUCCUGCUCGGCCUGCUGAUUGCCGACUUUGGCCAUCUGUACAGCGUCAACGCCCUGGGAUGGCCCGUCUACUACCAAUUCUGGAACUGGAACAAAAUGUAUUGGGGCAACCUCGGAUUCGUCUACCUCGGUGCUACCAUGCGCACCGCAUUCCUGCUGGGACUCGGCCUCCCCACCACAUCGAGCAACCCCAAGAAAUUCAAGACCUGA